UGUAUUUUCUGGGCUUUCUUCUGCCAUCGCUACAACUCAUUUUGAGCUUAGCGCUAUUGCUCUGCAUAUAAGAUUGCGAAGCUAUUAACAACGUCCUAUUUUGUAUUUUUCACUUCCUCCGAUAUGAGCUGAUUUACCUUAGAUGAGCAGCAUAGUCAUGUUUCUUGAUUUCUAGACUUUUUCAGUGAUAUAGUGUUAGAGUUGAUGAUUUACCUCGAGUGAGAAAACAUUUGGAAGAACUUAAUUCAUGUUGAUAACGAGAUAAAUUAUCGUCUCUUGCCAACUGACAAAAUCCAUUUGGGUCAGACCAUUUUUAAUUUUCUUGGUUUGUUAUAAACAGUAUUUUGUGCUCUUUCUGUAUCAAGAUGAGCCACUCAGAGGAGAAUAAUGAAGUUCCAGCUCCGGAAAACCGACCAGUUCCUCGUUUGAAUGAAAGGAUUCUUUCAUCUUUGUCAAGGAGAUCGGUUGCUGCCCACCCCUGGCACGAUCUUGAAAUUGGACCUGGAGCUCCCAAUAUUUUCAAUUGUGUUGUGGAGAUUACCAAGGGAAGCAAGGUGAAAUACGAACUUGACAAGAAGACUGGAUUGAUUAAAGUUGAUCGGGUCUUGUACUCAUCUGUUGUUUAUCCUCAUAACUAUGGCUUUAUCCCUCGUACACUGUGUGAAGACAACGAUCCGCUUGAUGUCCUGAUUAUAAUGCAGGAGCCAGUUCUUCCUGGUUGUUUCCUACGAGCCAAGGCCAUUGGGUUGAUGCCCAUGAUUGACCAGGGAGAGAAGGAUGAUAAGAUUAUUGCAGUAUGUGCCGAUGAUCCAGAGUACAAGCACUACAAUGACAUCAAAGAUCUGCCACCUCAUCGUCUCUCCGAGAUUCGACGCUUCUUUGAAGACUACAAGAAGAAUGAGAACAAGGAGGUGGCUGUUAAUGACUUCUUGCCUGCAACCACUGCUGUUGAAGCCAUCCAGUAUUCAAUGGAUCUUUACGCGGAGUAUAUUCUGCACACCUUGAGGAGAUAGACAACAAUGCUAGCUGCCAUAAAUCAUAACAUGCUGCAUUUUAAUAAAUGUUUUUUUCUUUUAGUGUUAUGGGGAAACUCUUUUUUUUAUUUUUUGGGUCAAUAUGGGGAAACUCUAUUUUAUAUAUUAUUCUGUAUGAAAUGAUGCAAAAGUUGUCUAGUUAAUUCUAAGAGUGCCAUAGACCCUCCUUGAAUAUGAAAUUCUUCAUCCAGAAAUCCCGUUUUGUGAGAUGUUCUUUAUAUUCUUGGUUCAGUGAUUCAUUUGGUUA